AUGAUGAGACGACACAUUCUAAGACUGUUUCGAGUCCGCAACUUAAUUAUAAUAACUAUAAUAAUUGGAACUAUAUACCUUGUAAAAUCCUUCAGUGAUGUUAAAUCUUUAGAACCAUUUAAACAAUCAUUGCUUGGCACUGUGGUAAAGGAAUAUUUCAUACCUUCUAGUUUGAGAAAAAUUGACUGGCAUGAUUAUAAGAAGAUAAAAUAUGAGAGGAAACAAAAGGGGAUUGGAGAGCAGGGCAUUCCUGCAUAUUUAUCUAAAAAUGAGGAAGCACUUGAAAAGCAAUUAUAUUCAGUAAAUGGAUUUAAUGGUGCACUCAGUGAUAAAAUACCUCUUAACCGAUCUUUACCUGACAUACGGCAUAUUAAAUGUCAGAAACGGUUAUAUAUUGAAUCGUUGCCUACAGUUAGUGUGGUGGUACCAUUUCAUAAUGAGCAUUGGAGUACAUUACUUCGUACAGCUGUUAGUGUUCUUAAUAGGUCACCCGAGUUCUUAAUAAAAGAAGUAAUUUUGGUGGAUGAUGCUAGUACAAAAGAUUUCUUAAAAAAGAAGCUAGACGACUAUUUAUCAGCCAACUUACCCAAAGUGCGAGUGAUAAGGCUGGCCAGUCGGAGUGGGUUGAUCACAGCUCGACUUGCGGGAGCCAAGGCGGCUUCGGCUGACGUCUUGUUAUUCCUGGACUCGCAUACAGAAGCAAAUGCCAACUGGUUACCUCCACUGUUAGAACCAAUAGCCCUAGAUCACCGCACAGUGGUGUGUCCAUACAUUGACGUGAUCGCCUACGACACAUUCGAAUAUCGUGCUCAAGACGAAGGCGCGCGCGGGGCCUUCGACUGGGAGUUGUACUACAAGAGAUUGCCCUUGUUGCCUAAGGACCUCGACAAUAUGCCGGAGCCAUUUGAGAGUCCCGUAAUGGCGGGAGGUUUAUUCGCGAUGUCCCGAUCGUUCUUCUGGGAGUUGGGGGGCUACGAUCCCGGAUUAGACAUAUGGGGAGGGGAGCAGUAUGAACUCAGUUUUAAGAUCUGGCAAUGCGGUGGUCGUAUGGUAGACGCGCCGUGUUCCCGCGUGGGACAUAUCUAUCGCAAGUUUGCCCCAUUCCCCAACCCGGGGCAUGGAGACUUUGUGGGACGGAACUACCGUCGCGUGGCCGAAGUUUGGAUGGACGAGUACGCUCAGUACUUGUACAAGAGACGACCCAACUAUCGCAACAUCGACACGGGAGACAUCUCCGAACAGAAGGCUCUGAGGGAGAGGUUGCGUUGCCGGUCCUUCAGGUGGUUCAUGACCCAGGUGGCGUUCGAUUUAACAGUGAAAUACCCGCCGGUGGAACCCAACGCUUUUGCUGAAGGGAGAAUAAAACCGGUGUCGAAUCCGCAACUAUGCGUAGACGCACAUCACGGCGCACAGAUGGACAAAGUGCUUCUAAAGAGGUGUACGGAGAGCACAGCGGGCGAACAGAAGUUCAUGCUGUCUUGGCAUAAGGACAUCAGAUCGAAGAGUAGAAAUAUGUGCUGGGACCUUCCCGAGUCGGCUCCCAAAAGCCCGAUACUGCUGUACUCCUGUCACCUGGGAGGAGGCAACCAGCUCUGGAGGUAUUACCCGGAGACAAAACGCUUGAAGCACGGCACAAAUGACAAUUGUCUCGACUGGGAUCCGAACACACGAGCCCUAUAUAUAAUGCCGUGCGGGGACGCCACUACUCAGCAAUGGAGUAUAGACCACGUGGAUUACGAGAUGAUGGGGAAAUGGGACAACGUGGCUAAACCGGUCACCGGACCGGUUGAAGAUUAUUAA